AUGAGAGAAGUCAUCAGUAUCAAUGUCGGCCAGGCUGGGUGCCAAAUCGCAAACUCUUGCUGGGAGCUCUACUGCCUUGAGCACGGUAUUCAGCCCGAUGGAUACUUGACCGAGGAGCGCAAGGCCGCCGAACCUGAUCAGGGAUUCAGCACCUUCUUCUCAGAGACCGGUCAAGGAAAAUAUGUCCCACGAACCAUCUACUGCGAUCUCGAGCCCAAUGUCGUCGAUGAGGUCCGUACCGGUACAUACCGCAGCUUGUUCCACCCAGAGCAAAUGAUCACUGGAAAGGAGGAUGCCUCGAACAACUACGCUCGUGGUCACUACACAGUCGGAAAGGAGUUGAUCGACCAGGUCCUGGACAAGGUUCGCCAUGUUGCCGAUAACUGCUCAGGUCUCCAAGGUUUCCUUGUCUUCCACUCCUUCGGUGGUGGAACUGGCUCUGGAUUCGGUGCUCUCCUCAUGGAGCGUCUUUCCGUUGACUUCGGUAAGAAGGUCAAGUUGGAGUUCUGUGUCUACCCAGCGCCCCAGACCGCUACCUCCGUCGUUGAGCCAUACAACUCUAUCCUCACAACUCACACUACCCUCGAGCACUCCGACUGUUCAUUCAUGGUCGACAACGAGGCUAUUUACGACAUCUGCCGAAGAAACCUUGGCCUUGAGCGUCCCAACUACGAGAAUCUGAACCGCCUAAUCGCCCAAGUUGUCUCCUCAAUCACCGCCUCCCUCCGUUUCGAUGGCUCCCUCAACGUCGAUCUCAACGAGUUCCAGACCAACCUAGUCCCCUACCCACGUAUCCAUUUCCCUCUCGUUGCCUAUUCACCCGUCGUCUCUGCGGCCAAGGCUUCCCACGAGGCCAACUCAGUCCAAGAGAUCUCCAUGUCCUGUUUCGAGCCCAACAAUCAGAUGGUCAAGUGCGAUCCUCGCAACGGAAAGUACAUGGCCACCUGCCUCCUGUACCGUGGUGAUGUUGUUACUAAGGACGUGCACGGUGCUGUUGCCACCCUGAAGACCAAGCGAACUAUCCAAUUCGUUGACUGGUGCCCAACUGGUUUCAAGAUUGGCAUUUGCUACCAACCACCCCAGAUGGUCCCUAAUGGUGAUCUGGCCAAGGUUAACCGUGCUGUCUGUAUGCUAUCCAACACCACCGCCAUCGCUGAGGCCUGGUCCGCCCUGUCCCACAAAUUCGAUCUCAUGUACUCCAAGCGUGCAUUCGUCCACUGGUAUGUCGGUGAGGGUAUGGAGGAAGGAGAAUUCUCCGAGGCCCGUGAGGAUCUCGCUGCUCUUGAGCGUGAUUACGAGGAGGUUGCAACGGAUUCUCUAGAGGGUGACGAUGGUGCGGAGGCCGAGUACUAA